AUGUCGGAGGCCCUUGCCAGCCCUGACUUGAUUGAAGGCAUCCAGCUCAUCAUCUUCGACCAGUAUAAGACCCUGACAGAAGGCAACUCCGACCCAGAGCGCGAGAUAAUCAAGGAAUUCAAUCUGGCACAAGACUAUGCCCAAGUCGAGGCCAUUGUCUGCGGUACUCGGUGGGAUGAGGAUGGGGGGGAGGCCGCCUACUUGACUAAGCUCAUCACCGGCUUGGGGCUUCCGGACUCUCCCGGGACUCGACAGCAGCUGAAGGAUAUUCUGGAGCGAGAUCAAGCUCAAGAGUCCGUAGUGCCAGAGGCAGAGAUUGUUCUACGAGAGCUCAAGGAGCGGGGUUAUGCCCUUGCAAUCCUUUCAAAUGCCGCCACUCCGCAAUACACGCAUGUGCUACAGCACUCUGGCCUGCGGAAAGUCUUGGAUCCGGCGCUGUGCUGCUUCUCGUUCCAAUUGGGGCUGGUGAAGCCGGACGCCAGGAUUUUCGAUAGUAUUUGUGAAGCGGCUGGCAUCCCCAAGUCUGCAGCACUGAUGGUUGGCGACAGUCUCAGGAGCGACUUCAAUGGCUCGCGUGCUGCUGGCGUCGGGAAGCAGGUGCUGCUGGACCCCAGAUGCAACACGGGCCACAAAUGGCCACAAUGCCCCUGA